AAUUUAUACCUGAAUCACUUAUUGUUAGUGAUUAUCUUGAUGAAACAAAUUCACAAAAUCGUCUUCAACCAAUUGAUCCAUAUCUAAAAGCUAAACAUCGUGUUUUAAUUGACAGAUUUAGCGGUGUCAUAACUGCAUAUUUUAAAAUCAUGCGAGGAGAUCCAAAGCAAGGUGUUGAAGAUUUAAAUAAAAGCUUAAAACCAUAUGAAGAAGCACUUACAAAUAUAUUUUUUGGUGGAUCAAAACCCGCUAUGAUCGAUUAUAUGAUAUGGCCAUGGUUUGAACGUCUUCGAUUCUUAAGUGAUGGAAAUUUUGAAUUUAAUUCUGAUGGAAAUUUCCCAAAACUCGCUGCAUGGAUUAAUGGAAUGGAAGCAAAUGAAGCUGUUCAAAGAGUUAAAGUUCCUGCAGAAUUAGCAAAAGAAUUUUUGAAAGAUUAUAGUCAAGGAAAACCACAAUAUGAUUUUGACUAG